AUGCACCACCUCGUCCAAUCGCACCAAUGGGUAUCUCUGAAGCUGCUUUCAGAAGAUACGAAGGUGCUGCAGAUUGUUCCCAAUACGACGGUUUCCCUGGGUAAACUCGGCUCGUUCCCCAGCAACCUCGUCCUUGAGCGGCCAUUCCACAUCACCUACGAGAUCCAAGAUAGACGCGAUGGCGAGAACUUCAACAGACUGCGCGUCGUCCCUACGAGCGAGAUUCAUGCCGAUGCCCUGGCCGAUUUGAACGCCCAAAACGCCGAGGAGGAGGGCACCGCCCUCGAGAAUGUCAUCGCUGCCCCCGAUGGCGCAGAAUUCGAAUUGGUGGACCAGGAGAGUGGCGAUGUCGUUGCGCACUCACGCCGCGAGAUUAUUGACGAUGCCGCCCGCCAGACUCUGACCGCCGAGGAGAUUGAGCAGCUGAAGCAGGGUAACACAGAUGCCGGCAAGGAGAUCAUUGCGAAGCUACUACUGUCGCAUACCGCAAUCGACCAGAAGACGGCCUUCUCCCUUGCCAAGUACAAGUUGCUCAAGACCAAGAAGUAUAUUCGACGCUUCAUGAUACAACCGCUUGACCCUCUCACGCUGGGCAAGUGGCUCUUGGAAGAGAAGGAUGCUGGAAAGGUGCUGGAGAUGAGGGAGGAGAUGAUGGGCCUCUUGAACUCGUGGGCCAAUGUCCACUUCGGCGGCGCAUCUCCUGUGGACAAGCCCGAGACUGUGACGAUCGAUGGUUCUGGAAUGCUGGACAAGUCCGAGAUUGGCGGUCGCUGGCUUGUGGUGGAGGACACGGGAGGUCUCGUCACCGCGGCCAUGGCCGAGAGGAUGGGCAUAUUAUACCCCAAGGACCCCGAGGACGUUGAAGAGAUGGAAGAAGACACGAACGGAGUCAAGCCAGCAGAGGACACUACCACCGCCAUCGAUGAUGCUGCGGUAGAACAGGCACAGGAGACAAGCACAGAGGCUACAGCACAAGACUGGACAACAAAGCCCGAGGAGAUCACAGCUGAUGCCACAGUGGCAAACAAUGGCGAGACAACAAAGCCGCAACCACCUCGACGAAGACACCCGCCCCGUCGCGACGAUUAUGAAGCCAUGUUCGCCCCGACCAACACCCUAACGCUCAUCCACCCCAACAGCCAGCCGAACCUCGCCCUUCUCAAAUACUACAACUUUGACAGCACAAAUCCCAACCCGCCUUUCCCCCUUCACCCGCUCGCCACCAACCUCUUGCCCAUUUCCUGGCUGCAACUCUUGGAGCCCGAGGAGGACGUCUCGGACGAAGAGCUGCACUCAUGGAAGGCUAAUCGCCGCGGCAACUACCACCGGAAGCGAAGACGUUGGGCGAGAACCCGCUACAUUGUGGACUCGACGCGCGCUGGUGGUUUCUCUGGGCUCGUCAUCGCCAGCACGAUGGAUACCAUGUCCAUCCUGCGCCACACCUUGCCGCUCCUGGCCGGCGGAGCGCCGAUUGCCGUCUACUCGCAAAGCAUCGAGCCGUUGACGGAACUUGCCGAUUGCUUCAGUAUUGCCCGCCGCGCAGGCUGGUCGUCAAAUCCUCCGGCCGAGGCGGCUGGCAAGUCUGUCCAGGAGCUGGAGCGAUGGGAGGGAUCGGACGAUUUCCCCAUCAACCCGACUCUGCUCUUGGGUGCCAAUGUGCAGACGAGCCGCGCAAAGCGCUGGCAAGUUCUGCCUGGCCGCACGCACCCCAUGAUGAUGGGGCGUGGCGGGGCGGAUGGCUACGUCUUCACGGGUUGGAAGGCAGUGCCGGCGGAGGGCAAGGUCGAGGCCAGAGGCAAGUUCAAGAGGAGAAAGGUUGAAGCAUGA